CCUCGGCUCUCCAAGUUGCCGCCAUUUUGUUUUCGCGUUGGCUAUUGACUUUCGUUUCCUCAUGACUAUUUUAGAAUCAUGGUAGUAUUGCAUACCAUGAAGUGAUUGUGUGCCGUGGUAUGGAGCGUCGAGAUCCAUACAGCACCAUGUCACAGCCCUCGGCAGACAAAGGCAGAGAUCCUUAUCGCUCGACAUAUGCUGAACAUCAGGAUAUGAUGUUGAGUGAGGAUGAAGAGGAAAGUGCAACUCUAGCUGAGCCUAUGACGCUAGAGGGUGCAAAGCAGCUUGCACAGACAUCUGUGGUAGGGCCAGUAUCUACCCCAACACCACCAGUUGCCUCUCUGGCAUCUAUAUCUCCUCCUCCACAUCCUCUCGUUGCUGCGCCUCUGACGUCGCCUCAUCACUCAUCU